AGGAUGUUUUCGAAAUUGGUUGAAAUGAAAUGAAAUAAAGAAUGCAAGGGUGCGAUCAAUGUGAUGUUCCUCUUGGAAAGCAAAGUAUAAUAACGAAGUUUUGAUUGUCAACAAGGCUAAGAUUGAUAAUGGCAGAAACGAACGUUUGGCUUUUUUAUCCAAAUUUGGUUGGAUAUUUGCGCAUUAUCCUAGCUGUGGUAUCAUUUGAAGCUAUGAACUAUGCUCCAUGGCGUGCGGCAAUCUGUUAUAUUCUGAGCGCUGCUUCGGAUGCUGUUGAUGGAUAUGUGGCACGGCUGUAUAAUCAGUCAUCACGUUUUGGCGCUAUGCUUGACAUGUUAACGGACCGUUGUGCUCUCAUGGCAUUAGUAAUGUGUUGCGGAUGUUUCUAUCCCGAUUAUUUGUUUUAUUUCCAGAUGUCAGCUGUGAUUGAUAUUGCUUCGCAUUGGCUCCAUUUUCACGCUAGCGAUGUGACGGGUAAAGUGACCCACAAACAAUCUCAAAAUGCAGUUUUGCAUCUGUACUAUACAUCUCGCUUAUUCCUUUUUGUGAUGUGUUUGGGAAACGAGGCGUUCUACAGCUUGAUAUAUAUUGGUCAUUUCUGGUCUGGUCCAGGUAUCCACGGUUUUCAUCUCAUUCCAUUCCUAGCGACACUUUUUUUUCCUUUUGCCCUGUUAAAAUCAAUGAUUAGCUUACUUCAUCUUUUCAUUGCCGCACAAACAUUAGUAGUCAAAGAUCAGGAAAUAAUAAAGCAAAAUAAGUGAAAAGUGC